GGGAAAUGUGUUGUGAUUUGUUGGUGCUGGACUGCUGGGUUCUCAUCUCUCUCUUGUGCGUAGGUGUAGAAAUUCUUCAGGGUUCGGAGUCUCUCGACCUCUUGGCUAGCCGUCGCACCAACGCAUCCAAACAAUCCGAACCAUGACUUUAUACCACAGCUUUUCUCCCCUCUUCACAAAUCAUUCUCGUUCUUUUUUGGCAGCUCAAGGUAACCUGGUCGUUACAUCCCCGCCGGUUCCAGCGCUGCCGACUGGCUGAUUGACUAUCCUCUGCAGCCGCCGAGGACGCCACCAACCGAAAGACUCUGGUCUUCGUCCUCCACCGCGGUCGCUCUAAGAUAAAGCUUCGUUUCCGCCGCCGCGCGCGGCAUGGCCUCCUCCUCCUCCUCCACCGGCGGCGACCCCCAGGCGAAGCCGGUGGCGGUCGCGGUGGCCGUGCGCGGGGACGGCCGCGCCAGCCGCCGGGCGGCCAGGUGGGCCGCCGCCAACCUCGCCCUCGUGCCCGGCCGCGUCGUGCUCGUCCACGUCAUCCCGCCCGUCUCCUUCGUCCCCUCCCCAUCGGGAGAGAGGGUUCCGGUGGAGAGGAUGGAGCCGGGGGUGGUGGAGAUGUACGCGCAGGACCGGAGGGAGCGCGCCCAGGAGGUCUUCCUCCCCUUCCGCCGCUUCUGCGGCCGCAGAAGCGUCGAGACGGUGGUUCUGGAAGGGGACAGCGUCUCGGAGGCGCUGGCGAGGUACGCGGCGGAGUCCGGCGUCCGCAACCUGGUGCUUGGAUCCGCUUGCCUCAGCUGGUUCAGGAGGAUAUUACGGCUCCAAAAUUUGCCCACUACCGUGCUAAAAGCCACACCAUGUUCCUGCAAUGUAUUCAUUGUGUCCCGGCGCCAGUUAACUGUGAAAUUUGCAAACCUUUCUCAAACAGGCAAGUCAAACACAUAUGUAAGGAUCCAAUCAAUUAGUCAUAGAGCAUAUGCCCUAAUACAGAGGAACUGGUUGCAAGUCAAACAUUCAUUGCAUGGCCUACCUGAUGAUGAGACACCAAAAUCUUCUGGGGUUACUAGUUCUGACUUGUGCUCUCAAGCCUGCAGUUCUCUUAGCACUUCUACAAAUGCAGGUCGAAAGACCCCAGGGAGAGCAGGGGACAAAGAAUUUGAUGCUAUUGGGCAAUUGAAGGAAUUUCCUUGUGUCUCCUUAAGUUCUACUGAAGGGCCAAAACCUAUAGAUGAUGUAGCAAAACUUAGGAAGGAGUUGCAGAAUACGCUGAUGACGUAUGGCGAAGCUCAUGAAGAUGUUGUCCAUGCUAAGAAAAAGAUCCAGGUACUUUCUAAUGACUGUAGUGAAGAUUUGAAGGAAGUGCAAGAUGCACUACGGAGGGAGGAAUUGUUGAAACAAACAGCUGCUUAUGAGAAGAGCAAACAUUUCAGAGCUAUUACAGAUACUGAGAUGGUGAAAGAGGCCUUCACUUGUGAGGCUUAUUCCAAGCACAAGACUGAAUCAGUAGCUAACAUGAUGAGCACUGAGACAGGAAAGGUUGUGGAUGCUCUUCUGUGUACAGGAAAAACUUGCAGGCGUUACUUGAGACAUGAAAUAGAGCUUGCCACUGACAACUUCUCUGAUGCAAAGAAGAUCGGCGAGGGAGGCUAUGGGAUUGUAUACAGGUGCACCCUUGAUCACACUGAAGUAGCUGUCAAGGUUAUUCAGCAAGAUUCCAGUGACAAGAUCGAUGAGUUCUUUAAAGAGGUUGAGAUUCUCAGCCAACUUCACCAUCCCAACUUGGUUUUGCUGCUUGGGUUUUGUCCUGAAAUUGGAUGUCUUGUCUAUGAAUACAUGGAGAAUGGAAGUCUAGAAGAUCAACUUAUUAACAACAAGGGGUGCCAACCGCUCCAUUGGUUUAUGCGCUUCCAAAUUAUUUUUGAGGUAGCUCGUGGGCUUGCUUUCUUGCAUGGAACGAAACCAGAGCCCAUUGUGCAUCGUGAUCUGAAGCCUGGAAACAUUUUGCUGGACAAGAAUUAUGUAAGCAAAAUAGGCGAUGUAGGUUUUGCAAAGCUCAUAGCAGAUCUCGUGCCAGAUGGUUUCACAGAAUACAGAGACACUGUCAUUGCUGGUACACUGUAUUACAUGGACCCUGAGUACCAGUUAACCGGGACAGUACGACCGAAAUCAGAUCUCUUUGCUUUGGGGAUUAUCGUUCUUCAACUACUAACUGGCAAGCAUCCACAUGGUCUUAUACUUAGUGCAGAAGAGGCAAUCCGAAAAGACACAUUUUCAGAUAUCCUGGACCAAUCUCAAACUGAUUGGCCAAUUGCUGAGGCAGAGACGUUGGCAAAACUGGGGCUGCGUUGCACGGCAUUAAAAUGCAGGGACAGGCCUAAUCUAGAGUCGGAGGUGCUUCCAGUGCUUGAAGAUCUUCUAAGCAGAGUUACCUCUUCUCUUAAGUCAAGAAGUCCAAACGUAGUUGUGCCAAGCCAUUUUGUGUGCCCUAUAUUGCAGGAGGUAAUGGAUGAUCCUUAUGUUGCUGCCGACGGACAUACCUAUGAGUACAGGGCAAUCAAAGCUUGGCUCAAGAAGCACAAGAUCUCCCCAGUUACAAAGCAUAAGCUUCCAAAUUCAUCCAUAAUUCCUAGCCAUUCCUUGCAUGCAGCAAUACAGCGAUGGAAGUCACAGUCAUCUUAAUGAAGACAUGAGAGGAUUACUAGUACCAUAUAUGAUUUGAUCUCGAGUUAUUAUUUUUAGUUCCACUGUAAAGAAAGAAAAGUAGCUGUAUAUAAUAGUAGCAGGAACAUUAAUUGUGUAGGUAAUUUGUUACUGAAGAAUGGUCACGUCCAGAGCAGGUUCAGCCUAAAUGGGUUGUUAUUCACAAACUUGAAACAGCCAUUGAGUUCAGUUCGUCCUAAAUGCUACUCCCUCUGAUCCUAAAUUCUUGACUCAAAAUUUGCCCAAAUAUGAAUGUAUCUAUUCUUAAAAAGUGUCUAGAUACAUGUAAUAUUUCGACAACAAUUUAGGAUCAGAGGGAGUAGAUUGCUAGUGUAUGGUUUGGUGGCAACCAUGACACUUAUUUAUCUUUAGUUUCAUGAUGAUA